GGGCAGAGGGGCGGCGGAGGGAGGGUCCCGGCGGCGAGGAUAGAAGGGAGCGCCCAGAGGUGCCGGAGGCGCCGGGGUUCCCCCUGGAAAUAGCCGUGGCGGAUACGCUGCUGCGGGAAAAACUCGUGCCCUGCGUGAGGGAGAGAGAUGGCUGGGUCAGGGUCCGUCCUCUGCGGGAGCUCCGGUAGAGGCUGGUGUCCCUGCGGACGACUCGCCUCUGGUUUCGCCUCUGGUUUUGCCUCUGUUUUUUCCAGGAAGUUGCCAUCUCCGGUGGAGCCGUCGCUUCCAAGUGAGGCGGCGGCCGCUGAGCGCCCAGCCGCGUUGGAUACCCGGAGUCAGGGGCCAUUUGAAAAUCAUGUGCCCAAGCGGCCGUCCCCUGUGCUGUCAGCCUGGCGUUCAUGGUGCGGCGUUCCUUGAGAGGCUUUGGGGUGGUGAGAGAGAGGAGCAGAGGCUGGAAGGAAGAGUAGGGCAGUUCGUGGGGCAUUUUUUGGCUUUGCUUUUCAUGUAUCCACAGCUUGUGCGCUCGUGGAAACCUUACAUUUUUACAGGAUUUAUGGUGCCGUUCAAAUCACACUUUCAGAAGUGAGGCGAGUUGGCAUGAAAUACACAGCUCUGGACCAAAAGCCUGGCUAUAGAUAAUGGCAGGCUUCAGAAGGGCUUUUGGAGCUAGAGUUGUACUUUGGUGUGUGAGGCUUUGUCUUUAAUUAAAACGAGCAGGAAUAAGAACGUGGCAGCCCUUCUGUGGUGCACAACUGCUGGGUGCAGCUGCUGACCAGCCUUGGUUCCAGGGGCUCCCCAGAGCCCCAGCAGCCAGACUGCUGUGUGUGUUUCUCUGGGGUGGAGGUAGGUCCCGUGCAGGGCUGCUGUUGGUCCUGGCCCUCAUGGACCCGGUGGAUGUGAGCCCAGGGAGCAGCCCUUGGCCUUCCCUGCUCGCCAGGUUGGCCUCUGCUCUGAAAGCUGUGUAGCCCUACCUGCAUAGCCAUGAAGCUGUGUUUGUCAGGGAAAACUGUGCCAAAUGAAGCUGGUUCUGAUGGGAAGGCUGUUUACAUACGUCUGAGGAGCUAAAAUUUUCAGGAAGAUGUAAGGGAAUGUUAAAGGGCAGAGUUGACAAUGGUCUUGAAUGUGACUGCUGUGAUUUCGGACAAAUGAACAGCAUUUGUCCAGAUAUUUUGAUGGGCUGUGCAUCUUUAGAUUUAGGUUUCUGACUAUGUUACUUGAUGUGAAGCCCCUUAUGGUCUCGAUGCACUUGCCAUGUGAAUUAUUAUUCAUUUCUAAUGAAGGAACAAAACGCUGUUAUCUGUGAAGUACAAUUAGAUACUGUAAUCUCUUGGAUUGGAGUUUUGACUACAACUUUUAAAAUAGGUCUGAUGCUAAACAUCUCUGGCAAAAGUUUGCAUUGUUUGUGAAUGUAUUUCCAGUGGCAGGACGGUGUAUAUUUGUCUCUUUUUCAAAUUUUCUGUGUUCAGUCUCUCAUUUUCUAAUCCUGCCAGUCCUGAUUUCCUUUAAGGUGUUUCUGAGGGACUUUUUCAGUUCAGAGACGGUAAGUGAGGCAUAGGGAAGUGUGCAGGGAGGGAGGGUCAGAAGUUUAGCCCAGAGCCUGCUUCUAAAGCUCUGCUGUUCUGCUUUUCGUCCCUCGUAGACAAGAGAUUUAGUGCUAUGUGCUCUCUCCCCUUGCUCCUUUUCUUCCAGCUGUGCUGUGUCUCUUUCUGUGGUUGCAUGAACUGGAAGGGAGAGAAUAGCAAAGAGCUUGAGGAUUGAUAGGGAAGAUAUUUUUAGGCUGAGUGGAAGUCUGAGUGCUGGAAAGGAAAGACAGUGAAAAAGCCCUGGGAAUACUUAACUUGGUCUAGCACGAACUGCUGCCUCUUGGUCACGAAGAUCUGCCUCUGCUGAUGAAAGCUGUGACUCUUGAUUAUUUUUCCAGUCAUGGGGUUGGGCUUCAACAUUGUUGGUGGGACAGAUCAGCAGUACAUUGCCAAUGACAACAGCAUCUAUGUCAGCUGGAUCAAAAAGGAUGGGGCAGCUUACCAGGAUGGCCGAUUACAAGAAGGAGAUAAAAUUUUAGCGAUCAAUGGCAAGGAGUUGAAGGAUUUGCGGCACAAGGAUGCUGUGGAACUGUUCAGGAAUGCCGGCUAUUACGUGUCUCUGAAAAUUCAGCGCAGGUUGCAGCCACAGAAUGGCCCUGUGGGUCAUGGAGGAGAUGGAGAAUCGGGUGGGCUUCCUCUGGCAGCCAUCCUUGUGCCAGGCCUGGCACUUGCUGCGACAGCAGUCUGGAUCUUGCUGAGGUAUCGACAGCGGAUGUGAAGAGUUCACGUCUGGGAUAUCACUGCGUAUUUUACACAGCUAUGAUGUAAUUUAAAGAUAGAGAAUCAACGAUCUUGUCACAGACUGAUGCCAAAAAGGAUCAUUGCCUAUCAUCAAAGUUGCUGCUGAUGUUCGUAUAUAUUGAUUUUCUUGCAGGGUGGGUAGAAGCAGAGAGAAAAAAGGGAAGAGAGAGGACUGUGUUUAUGUAAAGAGUGGGAUAGCUGUAUUUCUUGACAAAUCUGAGGAGGUUUUGCCAUCCUCCUCUGUUUUGCACCAUGAACUUUCAAACACACUCAUCUAUUCCACAUUUUAAGGUCUAACUUCGGUUAACGGGAGUGGGAGUUGGGGUGGUUGUAAAUCAAAAACAUUUUCUAGAGGCUUUGCCUUGUUUCCACAGAAUUUUUUCUUGAAUCUAGUGAAUUCUGUCUGAACCAUGAAUAAAGAGAAGCAAUGCAAAGGGUAUAUUAUUUUUCCCAUUGAAGUUUUGUUGGUUGUUGCUAAAUAAAUGCCUUAAAUAUGCAAAAUCUGAUCUGUGGUUUCACAGGUAAAAUCUUCAGUAUAGCUGCUGAUUGAACAGCAAUAUGCAGUAUUGAUGAGGUAUUUUGCCAGUUGUGGAAAGAUAGAAGAUAGCUUGCUGCUAGAAGAAGAUUUUGAUUGUCAAAAUGAUUGCUCAUUUUUGGGUCAGGGUUGUAAGAGAGAGCUUUCCACAAAAUGCUAGCAUACUGGGGAGAGACAAGCAGACAAUUGAAUCACGAGGAUAAGUGGUGGCAAGAGAUUCAGGCACGUUGAAGCUGCAGAAGAGUCUUUAAAUUGGUAGUGAAGCAAUAGUUCCGCCAUUCAUCAGGUGGGUUGAAGCCUGUAUCUCUCAGGUUAGAGGUUGGUUUGGGGGUUUUUUUGCACAGGGAGUACUUCAGAUCGAGUUUUUUGUAGCAGCUAACUUGUGCUCUGCAGUCAGGAGAAUCUUACGAUGAUUGAAAGGGAGAAACUGAGAGCAGGCUGGGAUUGUCCUGGCUUUUGCUUUUUUGUGAAGAGUUAUGUGGUGUUCAGGAGAUAGGCUGUCAGCUUUAAGCCAGGGUAAAGCUUAGCAGGUAAAACCAGAGGGAGGAGACCCUCCUCUGGAAAGUAUAUGGCUGAAUUUACCUGCAGGGUCUCAUCUCCUCACUGUAAUUUGAAUAGUUUUAAAUGCUCCAGCUGAUAGGAGCUCUGUGCGGUAAGACCUGUUUCUCUUGUCUCCAAGAAAUCCAUGUGUUUUGUUGUUUUUGUAAAAGAGAAGCAAAAUGCACGGUCUGGUCUGUAUGAUGCCAAAAAGAGAUCACAUAAGCAAUAUAUGUUUUCAAAGAAAAACUGGUGUCUUGGUGCUUUACUUAUCUCUAGUCUCUAUUCUCGUAGGACAUUGCUGAUGUAUUUGGAAUUGUUAUGUUUGCUCAGGGCUGUGUUCCUGCUGUCUGCUGGAGAUAGAAGUGGUUAUGCUGUUGAACGUGGCAUUCCUAAAUCACCUUGGAGUUUCAGAGCAUUCGAAUCAUGUGAAAUCUUGCUUUGGCCUAGAGACUGCUCUAGUGUGAGGGGAAGAGGAAACAGGAGGGAUUUUGCUCUGGGUUCUUAGGGGACUUUGGGAACAAUAUUUAUGUUGACUGGCCUGGCCUAAGGCAUGCAGUGACCUGCCUUGGCCUGCAAACCAGUUGUGCCUGAUAGCAGAAUGGCUGCUGUGUAGACAGAUCUUUGCAGAUACAGCACGAACCAGCUUGUUUGUCACCUGCUCCGAAUAUUUGGCUGUAGUGUCCAUGUGCAGCACAUGUGUGUAUUAAGAUGGAUGAUUAAAAAUCGACGCUGUUGUAUCACAGCCUUCAGAAUAAAGAUGCAGACAUUAAGAAAA